AUGAUUGUUGUUUGCUACACUGAGGGUAUUCUGGAAUCUCUCCACAGGGCUAUAAGAGAGUGCUCUUACCCUGAGAUAGUUCAAAAUGAUCAUCGUUGCAUACACCACUGUUUUCAACUAGCUCACGUGCAGGUCAACAUCAGGCCCCCAUGGAUUUCCAGCUUCAACCCAUUCCUUAAAGACCGGCUCACUCUCUUCGCUUGCUUGUGGAAGGUAAGGCCCCGUCAGGAUGACCGCCUGUGUCGUUCAGAAUGGAGCGUCCUUCAGCUGCCUCGACGAAAACCAAGCCCGUUGGCGAGCAAAGCUUGCUGAAGCUUAAACCGGGCCUGAGUGGCGGAGGCUGACAAGCCGCUGGGGUCCAAGUCUGAAGAGAUCAGCCAAUCUGGCCUCGUCUCAAUCUGCAACUGAUGCUAUAUCAGGGACAUCAUGCUGACAUGACCCUGUUCUCCGGUUGCUCUCAAGCCCCGGCGAAGCCUUUUCGGCAAGUGCUUAUGCUGACCGGCGCCAUGUACCUGGCUCACCUGGCUUCGGGGCCCUUGAUCGCAUACCGCGUUUAGGCUUGAGAUGAAAUACUUGCCAAAGCCAUUCCCCUCCUCCAGAAUGAUCUGUCUGGAUCUUUUUGCAAAGACAUUGCGGUCGGAUUUCGCCGUUGAGCUUUGGUGUCCUCUUUGAACAACGUGCUCUUGCAGUUCUCCCACAGCGAUAAGGAUUUCCAGCUGCCCUUUGUAACCCUCAAGUCCCGGUCCUGCAGUUAUGGACUACAUCCCAGAUCGUCUCGUCAAGGGUCUGCGACAAGCGAGAGGCGCGACAUCAACUGCUGCCAAUACGGCGACAGCCACGAUGAAGAACGGAAAGAUCACACAUGCCGUUGGGAAACUGGCACAAGCAGGAGUAGUCGACAACAGCGAAGGCACACUCGUCAGCACGGGCACCGCUACUACCAGUAUCCACGCCGAGAAAAUCACGCACUUGGCCACAAAGUUAUCGCAGGCCGGCCUCAGCACCGACGACAGUACCACAAAGUCGAGCAGCCACAGUUUGGCAACCAAAUACAUCAUCGUCAUCGCGGUUGUUGGUGCAGUGGUGCUGCUGGCUCUUGCGCUAGGUGGCUGCUUAUGCUGGAGAAGGUACAGAAGGAGGAGGGCGUAUAAUGUUGUCAGCAAAGGGGUGGACAACAAAGGCAAGGGACACACUCGGGACAAAGAGGAUAUGUUCAAUGCAGACAUGGCGGAAGCGGAAAGCUUCAACACAGAGAGUCAAAAGCUUACCGAGCGGAAUUUCGAGAGCGGCUAUGACAAGGUUGAUACUGGAUAUGACGGGACCAGUUACGGAGCAGCCGAAGGACAUGGUGACAAGAGGUCGAAUUUUGAGGCAUGAUGAGGCCUAACAGCAGCGUGCGGACUAUUGUUCAGUCUUGGACAUGUGCGCAGGCAAGGUGUGCAUGAAGUCAGUACCGCGCUGUCCCUGCCUUGCAACGGAGUCAGGCAAGGACGGAGUGCAUGUCUAAGGGAGUUUUCGGUUUUCCACACUUUCACUUCACCUGUACCUCAAUAUCUUGUCAUCUUCUUUCACCUCACGCCUCACUUGUACCUUCACACCAUGUGCAGUCCCGGGCACGUGCCUGUCCAGAACUGCAUUGUUUCUUCUAUAUAUAGAGCCCUUGCACUCUGUCGCCGCCGCCAUUA